AUGUCCGUAGCAUCUGUCGUCCUCGGGCGCAAGAUAGGAACACUCAGCGCGCGUGACGACGUCUCGCAGUGCGCCAUAAACUGCAUCGUUCAAUCAGGCUUCUCCGAAGGCUGCACAGACUUCACGAAUCUGCAAUGCAUAUGCACGAACGGACUCUUCCUACAAGCGGCGCUCGCAUGCGUGCAGGACCAAUGCUCAGCGGACGACGUGCAGACGGCAUUCCAGCUGUACAAAGAUGAGUGCGGCGCUUCUGCGGAUGGAACUGCACCCGCGAUGCCUACCACGACCGGGAACUCGUCGGUGGUUGGUGGAAACUUUUCUUCAAGAUUGGCUUUACCCUCCGACGCAAUUUCCGCGACUGUGCUCACCACUUCCAUUACCCCUACUUCGAGUAACGGCACGUCGUCUGCUCCGGCCGGCUGA